AUGGCGGAUGGCAAGACCCUUCAACAACUCAAAAUAAAGACUAAUGUGCUAAAACGACUAAUCAAAGAGUCCGAAUUUUACAAGAAGGACGCGGAGAAGGAGAAGGCCAAAAUCAAGGAAUUGGAGGCCACGGAUCCGAAUGCCUAUGAGUUGAAGAAGAUGGACGAAGCUUAUAGAGUAAGUAUUUCUCUUUUUUUUUGUUGAAUUUUAGGUUAUUCCAUCAAGGUUUGGGAAUGCCGAAUUUUUUCAGGAAACACUUCAAAUGGUCCCAGUAGUUGAGCGAAAAAUCCGUACAGCCCGCGACGAACUUGUCAGCUAUAUCAAGGAGAAUGCGGACAGCGUCAACGGAUCGGGUGAGCUUGAGCUGGCCAAUGAGCAAAUACAAGCAGCAGCCGGGUUUUGA